CUGGGAUUCUGUAUUGGCUUACUGAUGGAGACGAAAUUCUUAUGUUUGAUCCAGAAAAUGAGAUAUCUUGGUUGAUAAUGGUACCACUCCCCAUCACCCAGUUCAAUCUAACACCCGAGAUGUGCAUGGGAGAAGCUGAAGGGAAGCUACAUUACGUAUUGAUAUCCGAACACGGACUUCAACUGUGGGUACUGAAGGAUCAUUUUACUUCUCAAUGGGAUCUUACUUUUACCAUCUCUUUGGAAUUGCUGGAAAAAGAAAACGACAAGUAUCUGUUCAAGAUAGCUGAAAAGUUGGCAAGAGACUAUAAUUCCGCGUAUCCUUGGAUAGGGACUCUAGCUUUCAAGAACAACAUCUUGCUUAUGAGGGUUGCAGCUGAUAUCUAUUUGUAUCAGUUUGAUACAAUGAAGAUGCGACACCUCUGCAGCCUUUCUGCUCUUGCACCAAAGCCUUUCUUUUCUGCUACUGUGGUUCCAUAUACAAUGAGCUUAGUUCCACUUGCUUAGGCAUAAAAAGGUCACUCUUUUCUCCUUUGGUUUAGCAAUGUACGUACGUCAUGACCGAUAGAUUACAUGUUCUUUCUGAAUAUGCUCAGGAUAUCCAUCAGUUUUUGUUCCAUCCUUCGGGCGAGCAUGUUUAGAAAGGCUUUAAUUUCACUAGUUUUUAUUAUAUGGCAAGUACAUUUGAUGCUGAGACAGAUAUUAAACAGGAAAGUCACAAUUACUUUAUCUUAGGUACUAUUCUAUAAUAUCAUCUGAUGUCAAAGCUUUAAUGAAUAGUCUCAAUUGAUGAGCUUUUCUUCAGGCCUCUCUGUGUCAAAAGAGUUUAUUCUGAUUCAAAACUUUAGUUGGUAUUAUAUAUGAGGAAUAUUGUAGCUACAUAUAUAUCUUGUUUUCUUUACAAAAUAUCCAUAUGCUUCCUUCAAAACUCAAAAAGCUCAUAGCUUUACCUGAAAUACUAAUUGGUAUUCAUAAUGAGACAUCUUUUUCUAAAUUUACAACAAAGAAAAACUACAGAGCAUCAGUCAUAUGGGACAAGAACCAAGAGGAGGAGGAGGGUAAAUAUUUGAAUAUACUGCGCCAAUGUGUGGCAACAUCAAGAUUGGAUAACGCCAAAGCCAUUCACGCGAAACUGCUGAAAAACCCAGGCGGCACGUCUUUGCUAUACUUACACAACCAUCUUCUAAAUGCUUAUGUGAAAUGUGGUGACACUGCAAAAGGACUCAAACUGUUUGAUGAAAUGACCGAGAGAAAUGUGGUGUCUUGGACUGCCCUCAUUGCUGGAUUUGUGCAAAAGGGCUUCCCUGUUGAAGCUUUUUCGUUGUUUAGUCGUAUGCACCGGAGUGGGACGAAGCCUAAUGAGUUCACUUUCGUGAGUGCCCUUCACGCUUGCUCGUUUGAGGAUAGAUUAAGCUUGACAAAUGCAUAUCAAGUAUAUGGACUAAUUACAAGACUUGGUUUUGAGUCUAAUGUUUAUUUAGUGAAUGCUUUUUUGACAACUUUGAUAAGGCACGGUAGAUUAGAUGAAGCAUUAAUGGUUUUUGAGUGGUGUUCCAAUAAAGAUAUUGUUACUUGGAAUGCAAUGCUAGGGGGUUGCAUGCAAUUUUGUUGCUCAGAUGUACCAAGGCUUUGGUACAGGAUGAUCCGCAAAGGAGUUGUACCGGACAACUUCAGUUUUGCUAGUGUUCUUACUGGGUUAGCAGAGCUUUUUGUUCUUGAUUUGGGUGUGCAAGUACAUUCCCAGCUUGUUAAGUCUGGUCAUGGAAGUGAGAUGUGUGUAGGGAACGCUUUGGUGGAUAUGUAUUUGAAAAAUCGAUGUUUGGGUGAGGGUUUCAAAGCAUUCGAAGAGAUCUGUUUUAAAGACGUUUGUUCCUGGACACAAAUGGCAGCAGGGUGUUUGAAUUGUGACGAGCCAAUUGAAGCUCUCAGGGUCAUUGGAGAAAUGAGGAGGGGAGGAGUAAUGCCUAAUAAGUUUACUCUAGCAACAGCUUUUAGUGCAUGUGCCAACACAGCUUCUUUCAGAGAAGGGGAGAAAGUUCAUGGCUUGAGGAUCAAACUUGGGGAUGACAUUGAUGUCUGUGUAGAUAAUGCAUUGCUCGACAUGUACGCCAAAUGUGGUAGCAUGGAUGGGGCAUUCAUGGUUUUUCAGUCAAUGGAUGAACACACUACUGUUUCAUGGACCACUAUGAUUAUGGGCUAUGCGCAAAACGGAUAUCCCAAAAAAGCUCUUGAAAUUUUCCAUCAGAUGAGGGAGGGAGGAGCAGAGCCUAACUACAUUACCUUCCUAUGUGUGCUUUAUGCUUGCAGCCAAGGAGGACUUAUCGACGAGGGAUGGAAGUAUUUCACAUCAAUGAGUAAUGACUAUGGUAUUCUCCCUGGAGAAGAUCAUUAUGCUUGUAUGGUGAAUCUCCUUGGACGUGUUGGACGCGUUAGAGAAGCUGAGGAACUAAUCUCGAGCAUGCCCUUUCAACCAGGUUUGCUGGUGUGGCAAACGUUGCUUGGAGCAUCCCGACUUCAUGGGGAUAUGGAAACUGCAAAACGAGCAGCAGAACGAGCAUUACAAGUUGACAAAGUUGAUCCUUCAAUCUAUGUGUUAUUGUCCAAUACAUUUGCUGGUUUGCAAAACUGGGAUGGAGUUGGAACUGUGAGGGAAUUGAUGCAUAGCAGGGAUGUCAAGAAAGUCCCUGGCUCCAGUUGGUUUUAAAUGUCAAGAAAGAAUCAUAUCAUGUAACUUUGAGUCUUCUAGCUUGAAUGAGUAAUACGUGAAGUAACUUCCAAUAUAACAGUAAAAGGCGAGACAUUACGUGGAUCGACUCAUCAAGUUUUUCCAUAGAAAAAGCACUUAUCAUUCGUUGGUUA